UAUGUGUGCAGACAACAGGGACCGCACACAUAUAUCCAAUUAAAGCACACCUGCUUCUGAAUUGAAGAGCACCCUCAUGGCAUAAAAAACUUUGUGAGUGAAUUCCUGUACAACGUACGAACAAGGAGAAUGGGAAAAAAGACAAAGGACAAAGAUAAUGCUACUGAUACCAAGGAGAGGAAAAAAGCUGUAGAGGCUGUUGCUAAGCACCUGCGAUUCAGCCUGUCUGUCAAAGAGGCUCAGGUCAAAGGCAAAAAGAUUGAGUAUUUCUCUGGUUCCAAAGCUGUUGACUGUCUCAUGUCUUCCAAGUGGACGCAAAAACCCAAGGAUUUGGACUCCUAUACCCCGUACUUCACCUCACGAUCCACUGCAGUGGACUUCUGCACACAAUUACUGCGUCAACGUUUGUUCAUUCGUCUGAGGAAAAUUGACGUGGCUCCAAAAAGUGAACCAUCGCCAGCCCCAGGGGAGGAGGGGGAGGGGCCUCGUAAGAGAAAGACCACUGACUCCCCCAGAGCCAAGAAGAGCGAAGGGAAUGACAGUGAUGUAGGGAAGAAAAGGAAGAAGAAAUUUAGACUUGAGCUGCAUGAGCAGCAGUCAACAUUUGUGGACUCUCCCGAUGAGAUCUACUACUGGCAGUAUGACCCUCCAAGCAGAACCACGUAUAUCAUUGGAAGUGCAAUUGUGGUUGGUGCCGUCACUUUAACCCUUCAGCCACUGUGGCCUGACUCAACACGGGCUGGUGUGUGGUAUGCCAGUAUGGGCCUCUUCGGUGUGAUGGGGUUCCUUGUCCUCCUUAUCAUAGCGAGAUGGUUUGUAUUUGGACUAGUGCAAGUGUUCACUGCUGGAAAGCUCCACUUUUGGGUUAUGCCUAAUCUAGACAAUGAAAAAUGUGGAUUUUUUGAAUCAUUCCAUCCCCUAUACUCUGUUGAGUGGAAGAAAGAAAAAUCGAAAAAGAAAAAGAAGCAAACAGGAGACGACAAAGACACGCAAGAGGUCUCUGAUGACAAUAAAAAUGGAGAAACAGAAAUAGAACUAGAGAAUAUGAAAGAGGCUUCUGAAGACUCUUAAGGCUAUAGUAUUUAUUAGACAAAAAUCAUCUUAGUCUAUGUUUAUAUCACCUAUUAUUUCUGUCUCGCUCUCAACAAUUGAUCGUAUUAACCUGUAUCUCAGUGCUGUGAUCAGUAUGUUAGUUGUCUGUGCGUGUGAA